UUCACACUUUGAUGAUCUGUCUUAUUACAGAUGUGAAAUUCGUGAAGAUGCGAAUUGAGAUUGAAAGUUAAAUUUAUUUAUCUUGUUUCUUAUAAUGGAAUCACCAGAUGCUCUUUUAUACCAAAAAACUGAUGACAGUGCUAUAGAUGGUUUAGAAGGUGAAAUUGCUGGAAGCCCCAUUCGGAAAGAUAAUGCCGAGUAUCAUACUUUGGACGAACCUGUUAAAGACACAAUAUUACGUGAUUUAAAAGCUGUGGGAACGAAGUUCUUUCACGUUUUAUAUCCAAAAGAAAAGAAAGCUUUGUUAAAAGACUGGGACUUGUGGGGGCCUCUUAUUCUGUGUGUGUUUCUAGCUGCAACCUUACAAAAUGAAGGAACGGAUAAUAUCAACGAUAAUGGACUACAGUUUGCUGAAAUCUUUUUCAUCGUGUGGGUCGGUGCCAUAGUCGUAACAAUAAAUUCAAAGUUAUUGGGAGGAAAUAUAUCGUUUUUCCAAAGUGUUUGUGUACUUGGUUACUGCUUGUUAGCACCAAGUAUCGCCUUACUGAUUUGCUUGUUUUUGGAUGCUAUUUUUAACAACACAUUGGCGUUAUUUAUCUUGCGGUUUUUGCUAGUUUCGGCUGGUUUUGUUUGGGCGAUAAUAGGAGCAACAGUUUUCCUUGGAGAAAGUCAACCACCUAAGCGGAAGGCCUUAGCAGUAUAUCCUAUAUUUCUAUUUUAUUUUGUUGUUUGUUGGAUGAUUAUUUCACAUGCAUGAAAAAAUCUGACUUUCAAUAAACUAACAUUAUCAUUCCUUGAAGGAUACAAGACAAGUUUAUAACCAUGUUUUAAAAUUUUUCCCACUGUAAAUGAUAUGUUUCUUCACAUUUUGAAAGUGUUCAUAUGAACAUUAAAAAUUCAGUUAGUCUAUAUUCAUAAGCAUUCUUGAUGAUAUCUGGAUGUUUUGUGCAAUUCUAUCAGACUUGUGUUAAUUUUAGAAAAAAUAACAAAUGGUUAUGGAAUUAGGAUGUCCAUUUACAGUUAAAGCUUUAAGGAUUACUAGGAUGCUGUUUUCUUUUAUUUCACUAGACCGAAUGUAAUAACUUUUUAUGUGCAUUUGAUGUAUUUUUAAUGCAGAGGCAAUGAAUGAAUAAUUUAUAAGUGUUACUCUUUUAGAUAGAUUGUAAAAAAUUUAGCAACUUUUAUAUUCAACUUGGACUUUAUGGUCUUGUUUCACAUUUUGUCAGAACAAUUUUUAAAUUUUUAAAUUCAACUGCAAUUUAAAAAGUAAAUAUUAUGGUACAUUUGGUGAUUCUUGAUUUUUUUUUUUUUUUUUUUUUUAUUUCAUCUUUAAAUUUUGUGUCUUGAACCACACUGUUAAUUUUAAAAUUUGAUUGCCUUGUAAGAA